CCACCAACAAAUUCAAAUGGAAGGUUUGUUAUCUUCAGCAUUCGAUCGAUUGAGCUCCUACGAUCCGGCGCAUAUCCACGGCGGCCUCAAACAACUCGACACCCUCCUCGCGAAACUAUGCCUCGGCCCCGGCAAAGAAGGCGCGAUCCCCACCUCUUUUUCAGAUCCCGCGAUCCGGGCAUUCCUCACCCUCCAAGAUUCUUUCCAAUAUAACGCCGCAUCAAUCCUCCUCCAAACAACAAACCACCUCCUCUCCCAACCCCAAAACCCCCAUACCUCCCUCCUCCUCCUCUUCACCCUCUCCACCCUCCAAGGCCUCCUCCUCCUCCAUCCCCCCUCCCGCCAUCUCUUCUCCCGCGAAUCAAGUAUGAACACCCUCCUCGAUCUCCUAGAGCUGGAAGUGUCGCUUGAAGACGGAGGUGGGGAUGUGAGUGAGGGAAGACUGGAGUGUGCGGUUGUGCAGACGUUGGUGUGCGUGAUGGUCGAUGAGUGGGAUAAUGUUAGGUUGUUUGAGAGGUUGGGUGGGUUGGCGACGAUUACGGGACUUUUUCGAAGGGGUACAACACCACACGUUGUCAAACUCAAGAUCUUGGAGUUUCUGUAUUUUUACCUCAUUGAUGAGACGAGUCCCAGACUUCGAUCCGUGGGAGCGGGAUCGGUCGAUAGCGGCAAAUCUGGGGACUUGUGGACGUGUACGGGAAGCCGCCAUGGAAAGGAGGGAGGAAGAUGGGGAGGAGAAGGGUUGGGCGUAAGAAGGACGACAGAGGAGAAAGAAGCGAUGUUGGGGGAGUAUUUGCAGAAUGUGGAUGGGUUGGUGAGGGAUUUGAGGGAGUUGAAGCCGUUUGGGGAUUUGUGAGGUACCGAGCAUGGAGCAAAGAGGUGAGGGGAUAGAGUCAGGUGUACGAUUAGACUGAUUCGGUGGUACAAUGGGUAUGGACAAGGCAUGGCAUGGGAUGGACAGGUAUUGGUAUUGGUAUUGGCGUUAU